GCCUUCGCCUCCCUCCCUCUGUAGUGGCGGCCGCUCCCCCGCGAUGGCCGCCGCCCCGCCGUCCCCGCGGCCGCCGAGGGCGCACCGAGACGGCGGAGACGCCCCUAUCUCCCUCUUCCUCGAAACCGACCUCGGUACUCGCCUCGCGAUUCUUGUCGCCCCCGACACCACCAUCCGUGGCCUAAAGUCGCAGGUGAACGCGGAGCACGCCGCCGCUUUCCCCGACCUUGGCCCCGUCGCAGUCAAGUCCUUCCAGGUCCGGCGGAGGGGUGUACUGUAUCACUUAUCUGAUUCAAUGACAGUGACGAGUGCCUUCACCAAAAUCAAAGGUGGGUGCUUUCUUUAUGUCAAGAUGGCAGAGGCAGCAGCAGCCACACUCUGCCGCAAAGAUGAUGUUGCUAAACCUUCAAAUCAGAGCAAUGUGUCACAUGCUGGUGCUGGAGAUUUGACUAAAUCGAGUAGAGCUCCACUGGAAGCAGGCAUAAAUACUUCUUUUCGGCAAGAAGUUCUAGACACUUUACAUAAGGAGUCCACUCAAAAUCCAAGCACUGUUGGAAAGAAGAAGAAGAGGAGGAGGAAUAACAGAAGUUGUCAAUUGGCCCCGUCCGUAGCUGCUGAUCAAGAAACAAGUGAACCAUCAGCUAUGGUUAAGGAGUUAUCUAUAUCCACAGGUGAUGCAUAUAACGUUGAAUUGACUGGCAGAGAUGAAACUGCAGUCAAAGCAUCUGGUUUGCCUCUUUCAUCAUCAGGACUCAAUGAUGGAAACCAGGGGGGCAAACAUGUUCCGUUUAUGAGUGAUGCUCAGGCAUCUACUGAUCUAAUCUCUGAACAAGGGAAAUUCGAUCAUGCUCUUAAAGGAUGUAGAAGCCCUUCCGUUCGAGAUGCCAUUUAUUCCGCAGGUGAAGUUGUAGCUAGUGAAGAAAAAACUUCAAAAGGAAGCAUCGCCCCAUGGGAUGGAGAUGAGAAGCAUGAACAAAUAAAGCAACAUGAUGAGGGAGGUCAUGAUGAAGGUGUAGCUGAAAUUAGCAACACGGUGAAAGAUGGGAAAAGUACAGAUGCCUUGGAGAAGAGGCGGACAAAUGACAAUACUUCUCCAUUGAAGAAGCGCAAGCGAGAAAAUAAGGCUAGUUCUGUUGACUUGGCUUCCAUGAAUACUAAUGAGAAGGAGAUGCAUGGGUAUCAAGAGAAUGCAGCUAGAUCAGGUGCAGUUUCUACUGAAAGGGAGAUUCUCCAUGACCCUUCUACGCAACAAAUCUCAAACAAUGUGCAUCAAGGGCAUUCAAAUGUAAUAGAACAUUCAAAUGGUGAUGGGAAGAAAAAGAAAACAAGACGACAGCACUCAGAAUCCUCAAAGGGUGUUGAUCCUAGUCAAGAUCUGACAAAAUCAUCUGCAUUUGUUACGAAUGAGAGCUCGAUGCAAGUCACAGAUGUUGCUCCCCUAGAUACAAAGCAAACAACCCCAUGCAGUAUAGAAGGAGCGACAGUUAUUGACCACAAGAAGCUUGGUGAAAACCUGGAUAUAGCGGCGAAAAAUGUGAUUGAUGAGGUUUUGGCAGAUCUGAGAUCUAAAGACAGCUUAAGUAUGGAUUUGGAUGGAGAUAUGUUAACAGGAAAAACUCACCUAAGCAGCAAUAAGAAUGCACUAGAACAUCCUGAAUCCACAGCAGAUGAAGUUGGUAUCAGUACUGCAUUACCUCCGAAAUAUUCUGCAGCAGUUCACUCUGAUGUUCCUGCCAGCACACCGAGACUUAAGAAGUCUAAGAGGGAAAAGUUGAAAGUGCUAUCAACAAUGAUUGACUCAUCUCAUCACUCAAGCGGUGUGCCUGAAGAAGAUGCUAAUAAAGAAUUAAAUGAAUCUGAGUCUUUGAGGUUUUCUGACAAAACCAGUGAUCCUAAGGAUAUUUUGACUGGAGAUGUCGUUGCACAAGCUGGUGAGAAACCCAAAGCCACUAAGCGCAGGGAAAAUAAGCUUUCCUUAAAGCAGGUAUCUGCAGAUAGUGGUAAAACUUUGGACGAGCGAGUCAGCCAGGUUGAUACAUUAGACUUGAAGGGAAUGAAUGCUACACGAGCAAAUUUGGUUCAAGGAGGUUAUGUAGUUGAAACUCCUUUGAGUACUACUGGAAAAGUAGAGCAGAAAGGCAGAAGGUCUUCCAAGACUCACACUGCUAAAAUACAAGAAACUAAUUGUUCUACCCCUAAUGCUCAAAAAGCAAGGAAAAAAUCUUCGAACUCUAAACUUCAAAGUUCGGAUUCAAUCCUGGAACAUGGUUCCAGUGCAGAGUUGGAGCACCCCAGGUCUGAGAAGGGUCUGGUUACCCCUAAAAGUUCUGUUGUUGCCGCUGAACCAAAUUCUGAUACUGUUGUUCAUCCUGCUAGUGAUGCGAUCAAUUUCCUUGAUCAUUUUAGCUCCAGCAAGAUGAAUGAUCCACCAAUUUCUGCAGAACACAAACAAAAUAAUGAAGAUGAAACUUUAAGGGAAGUGAAGAACAAAAAGAAAAACAAAAGAAAGCUAAGCACUGGUAGCAUGGAACCAAAUGAUGGUUCCGAAUCUCUUCUUCGCACAGACAAAACUAGCUUAACUGAUCAUUUUGGUAACAGCAAAGAUGUACCAUCUGUUGCAGCAGAAAACCUGACCAGAGAAGAUGAGAAUGUGAAGAACGGAAAGGAUAAGAAGAGAAAAACUAAAGUGAAUACGGAAAUGCCUGUUGCUGAAAAGGAAAAUCCUAAUUGUGAUAAUCAAGGCUAUAUUGGUACCCAAGGAUCGCUUCUUUCUGCUGUACAAAAUGGAAGGAUGGGUCAGGACAAUGGAAAAGAGAGCAGCACUAAAGUUACCCAGAAUGACAGUAAAAUACAAUACGAACCAGAAGAUGCCACCCUUGAGAAUAAGAGCGAACAGAGUGGUGUUGAUGGUCAAAACAAGUUGCUCACUGAUAAGCAUCAUGUACAUAUAAGCAAAGAUGUAAGGAAGUUGACUUCUCAGAUAAAGCCCCAUGCUAAGAGUAAGAAUGAUGAGUCUAUCAAGCGAAGGGUAGCUCCAAAUCCUAAGCCUGAAAGCAACCUUGUGAAGGACUUCUCCAUGAGUCCACAAGUAUCAGGUGACAGCACGGAGGCCAUGCCUCAAAAUGCUAACCGAUAUAGAGUUGCCGUACGGAAAGUUCCAAGUAAAAGGUAUGAACAGACCAGGGAGAAGUCCAAAAAAGAGAAUAGGAAGGUAGGCUCUGCAAUAUUCAAUGAUGCUAACAGUGAAGGCUCUGAUGAUGAAUGGGACACCAAAAAUGAUAAGGCUGUCAUGGAAGCAUCGCCUGAUAAUUCAUCUACAUCUGCUGACUCAGGUGUUUCAUCUGCAGCCUCUGAUGAAAGCGAUGUUCCUUAUAAUGAUGAUGAUGGCACUGUAUCCUUAUCUCAGAAGAGACUCAAAGAAGGUCUGCACAUCGGCUCCAUUCUUCGAGGUACCAGUAGCUAUAAGAAGGCGAGGAAGAAGCAAUCGGAGCUGUUGGAUGAUGACACCGUGGUGCCUGAUAGCCAGCCUGCAGAUGGCUGUUGGGACUGAGCUUAAUGCUUACGAGAAAGCACUGGUCCCGCUUCAAAAACUUUUGCCUCUAUAUACACCUGAUGCAGUGCAAGUUUCAGGUGAGCCCCCCCUAGAUGGUGGGCUUUAGAAGAGUUGUAUCUGAACCUCUCUUAUUUAUCUUGUAAACCGCGCUCCCAGCUGCGUGACUUGCUGAUGGCAUUUUUGUUGGUCAUAGCCAUAGGCCACACGCGGUUGCUCAUAGCCCCACCCCCAGUCCAUUUCUUUUAUCGGGCCUUUACACUGUGGCUAAACUGUGUUGUUGCCCGAGGAUGAGGCAAUGUUGUUAAUGCUACAACUUACCAGUUUUAUCUAAGACAACGAUGCCUAUUCUCAACUUCUCA